GAAGUAAUUCUGUUGUACCGCUUCUCUCAGUUUCAACAUGGAGUCCGGUCUGUCCGAACUAGCUAAGCGAUUGCCCGGUAUCAAAGCCCCUAUAGGGGGUGAGAAAGUCUACAAGGAUGAGUGUGCAUACUCAUUUGACAAUCCGGAGAGCCCUGAUGGUUUGUAUGUUUGCAUGAAUUCCUUUCUUGGAAUUGGAAAACGUCACCUACAGCAAUACUAUGAGAAAACUGGGAAUGGGGUAUUCUUGCACAUCAGACGUUUAAGAAAAGAGGUGCCCAAAGAUGAGACGGCUGAGGAGGAAAAGCCAACCAAGAUGGCCAUCGGAGUGGAAGGUGGCUUCCAAACAGAUGAGAAAAGAUUUGAGUUUGAGGAGAAAACGUCCAUCACCAUCUUGCCCCAGUGGCACGAGAUCGCCUUCCCCAACCCACAGAUCCCUGAUCAGGCCCAGCUGUCAGCCACCAUGAUUAUGAUGGCAGAGGAUGCAGCCAAACAGGAGGAGGCCGCGGCCAUGGCGGGAACGUGGGAGGGGGAAAAACUGAGGGUGUCGAAACACGCGGAGAACCUGCUUCAGCUGCCAGUGGAGAAGAAGAUCCCCCCGUCGGGCUGGAAGUGUGAAAAGUGUGAUCUGACCUGUAACCUCUGGCUCAACCUGACGGACGGCUCCAUCCUAUGUGGCCGGAAGUUCUUCGAUGGUUCGGGGGGCAACAACCACGCGCUGGAACAUUACCGGGAGGUGGGCUACCCUCUGGCCGUCAAACUGGGCACCAUCACGGGCACAACUGCAGAUGUGUUCUCCUAUGAAGAGGACGAUAUGGUGGAGGACCCAUACCUGGCCAAACACUUGGCGCACUUCGGUAUCAACAUGGCCGCGCUGGAGAAGACAGACAAGACCAUGACGGAACUGGAGAUUGACAUCAACCAGAAGAUCGGGGAGUGGGAUGUGAUUCAGGAGGCCGGCAGCGUGCUCACCCCAGUCUACGGGCCUGGCUACACGGGCAUGCGUAACCUAGGCAACAGCUGUUACAUGAACUCGGUCAUGCAGGUCCUCUUUACGCUGCCAGACUUUCAGAAACGGUACUUCAGUAACUGUGGACAGAUUGUGUCCAACGCCCCCCAGAAUCCUGUCUCUGACUUCAACACACAGAUGACCAAGCUGGCAGAUGGUCUCCUCUCUGGUGUAUAUUCCCAAUCAGUAGAUACCAAAGAGGCUUCAGAAGGGGAUGCCAAGUACAUUCCACCCCCCAGCGGAAUCCGCCCUCAGAUGUUCAAGACGUUGGUGGGCAAAGGUCACCCGGAGUUCUCCACCAAGAGACAGCAAGACGCGCAAGAGUACUUCCUACACAUGGUCUCCGUUAUACAGAAAAACAGCCGGGGCGGCGCGAAUCCUUGUGAGUCGUUCCGGUUUGAGGUGGAAGAACGCGUUGCUUGUUCCUCCUCCCAGAGGGUUCGCUACACUCGCAGAGAGGACUUCUGUCUAUCCCUGCCCGUGCCCAUGGAGGCUGUGUCCAAUAAAGAGGAAGUAAGGAAAUACAACGAGUCCAAAGCUGCUGGGGCAACCAUUGUUGACCCAAAGAGCAUUGUGCGUCCAGUGAUCGCGUUCUCCGAGUGUGUUCGAGCGUUCACAGAGGCAGAGACGGUGGAAGAUUUCUACAGUUCUGCCAUACAGGGCAAGACCACAGCUCUCAAAUGUGUCGAUCCAGGCUCCAGAUGUACUUGACCUUUCCUCCCUGAGAGGUCGCGGUCUGCAGGCUGGGGAGGAAGAGCUGCCCCCAGGGGAUUCCCCGCCAGAAGCCCCGGUGGAGAUCCAGGAAGGCACGGUGACCCAGCUGGUGGACAUGGGGUUCCCACGCGAGGCGUGUCGCAAAGCCGUGUACUUCACCAACAACACAGGCGUGGAGGCAGCCAUGAACUGGGUCAUGGAACAUAUGGACGACCCAGAGCAACAAUGCGGAGCGAGCCGUAGACUGGAUCUUCAGCCACCCGGACGAGCUGAGUCAGCCCAUGGAGACGGAGGAGGCCAGCGCCCCGGUCACUGCCGCUAACUUUAAAGAUGGGUCAGAGAAGUACCGACUGGUGGCCUUCAUCAGCCACAUGGGCACGUGCACCAGCGUGGGUCACUACGUGUGUCACAUCCUGAAGGAAGGUCGCUGGGUCAUCUACAACGACGAGAAGGUGGCACUGUCGGAGCAGCCGCCCAAGGACCUGGCCUAUCUCUACCUGUACCAGCGCAUGUAGGACAUUGAGGGGGGGAGGUGAGAGUGUGUGAGGGAGGAGGACAUUGAGGGGGAGAGGUGAGAGUGUGAGGGAG